GAGGAUUGUGGGUAGAGCCUGUUCACUCACAUCCGCCAUCAAUACUGUUAUAAGAGAGAAAACCCCUCUCUCUCUCUUUCCCUCUCUCUCCCUCUCUCUCUCCUUCCCCGCUGGAGGCUGCUGUUAUCCUGGUUCACACUCAGUCUUAAAGUAAAGCCGCUGUGAGACGAGAGCAAAAGGAAAGGAGUAAAAGAGUAUCGUUUCACAGUGACGCGGCUUCUUGAGGUGUUUCCCGGAAAAAAAAGCUGACUUCUAGACAUCCAAACAUCAGAAAAGUCUGAGGGAGGAGAGGAGGAGGAGAAAAUCCAGCUGUCCUGAACUCAAGAGAGAGAGAGAGAGAGAUAUCUGUAGUGGGUUUUCUGUGGCUGAAAUGAUGAUGUACUUUUGGGGUAAUCAGGAGGGCAGUAAUCCAGCGGACGCGAUGGCCCAGACGUACACCACGCAGUACGCUCAUCCCUCACAGAACGGCAUCCCGGCUGAGUUCACUGCACUCCCCUCACAAGACUACACAGGACAGAGCCGCGUCCCGGACCAUGGCCUGACGCUCUACACACCUGCACAGACUCACAGCGACCUGAACAACACAGACAGCCAAACUACAGCCAUCAGCACUGGCUCCAACACAGCGCCGACGGAAGACGUGACGCAAACGGACGUGUUGAUUUCAGAGUCCACAGAAAAGCAGCAGCCCAAGCGGCUACACGUCUCCAACAUCCCCUUCCGCUUCCGGGACCCUGAUUUACGGCAGAUGUUUGGGCAAUUCGGGAAGAUCUUAGACGUGGAGAUUAUCUUUAAUGAAAGAGGAUCAAAGGGCUUUGGCUUUGUAACUUUUGAAACGAGUGCAGAUGCAGAUCGCGCACGGGAGAAACUAAACGGUACAAUCGUAGAAGGACGUAAAAUCGAGGUGAACAACGCCACGGCGAGAGUGAUGACGAAUAAGAAAGUAGUAAACCCGUACACAAACAGCUGGAAGCUCAACCCAGUUGUAGGAGCCGUUUACGCACCAGAGCUCUACGCAGUGACGGGUUUUCCGUAUCCCGCAGCAGGAGCGACGGUGGCCUACAGAGGGGCUCAUCUGAGGGGCAGAGGUCGUGCCGUUUAUAACACCUUCCGGACGGCUCCUCCUCCUCCACCCAUCCCAGCGUACGGAGCUGUGGUGUAUCAGGACGGCUUCUACGGCGCAGAGAUCUACGGUGGAUAUGCGGCGUACAGAUAUACUCAGCCUGCGACAGCUACAGCGUACAGCGACAGCUAUGGAAGAGUCUAUGCAACCACUGACCCUUAUCACCACAGCAUCGGCCCGGCAGCAGCGUACAGCGUCGGCACCAUGGCGAGUCUGUACAGAGGAGGCUGCAGCCGCUUCACGCCCUACUAGAGAGACUAUAUAUAUGUACACACGUAACACACAAAACCACUAGAACAUUUCGAAAUAAAAUGCUUCCAGGUCAGCCGAUGACCUCAUCUCUCAAGCCCGACUCUCAAGUGGAGGUUGCAGAAAUCCUUGAGGAGAAAAAAAAAAAUCAGAGGAGCAGCUCAUAAAAUGUGGAUUUACUUUUUUGACUUGAGUUCAGAAACUGGAAAUGCUUUUGUUUUGUCUGCAAAAUGCCAGGGAAAUGGAAGCGGUUGGAAGUUUGGCUUGAUUCUGUGUUUCAUUAUUGAUCAAUGUUGUCAGGUUUAUCAUGUAUAUAAAGCUGCUAGUGUGAUUUUAGACAUGAGACAAAAAGAAAAAAAAACUCAGGACACUUUUCAACUUUUCACUAAAUACACAACCGUCUCAGCAAAUCUUCAGAUCCACAGGAUCUCACCAGGUAUCGCCAGCAUACAGUACUCUAGUCUACUAGUCUCUGAAACAGUGCAAAAAUGAUUCUAUGUAUUACUUAUUUUUUGGUUUGUUUUUCAUUACAGAUAUCUAGAAAAAAAAUGAAAUAUAGAAGCAAAAAGACAGAAUAUAAGGAAUUUUUUUUUCUGUUGAACAUAUCAAAAUUCAAAUAGUUUGUUAUAUGUUAUAUAAAACAUCUUAAUUUGAAGAAAAAAAGACUACUUUUAACUGCAUUGGCAUUUAUUUCUCAUGUCUUUUUCAGUCAUUUUGCUUCUCGAGUAAAUGUAUUUUAAUUUAAAAAUAUUUAGACAUUUAUACUAAGAAAAUCUUUUUUUUUUUUUACUGUAGUUUGGUUCUUGUGUAAAUAAGCAGGUGUUUUUGUUGUUGGGCUUUUAUUUGAAGGGUUUCUAUGCAUGAUGUUCCAGAUUUGAGAGGAUUUCGGCCCUCUCACAUUUGCACUAACUUACCUCUUUGCACAGAGGACAGGUUUAACUCAAAUUAACUCAUGCUGUGGACAGGUUUAACUCAUGAUAACUAGUGCUGAUAGCAUGUGUGUGAACAAUUUAUUAAUAUAUUGCAGUUUCACUAUAGGGAAUAAUGUAGUUUUAUAGAUUAACACUAAAGACUUAAAGGGAUAAUUCAACCAAAAAUGUGAUUAUUGUGUCAUUAUUUACUCACCUUUCACUUCAAAACCUGCUUGAGUCUCUUCUCUUGAACACAAACAGAUAUUUAGAAAAAUGCUGGUUGCUUGGACCCAUUGACACCUAUAGAUGUCAAUGGGCCCCAGCAAACAUAAUUUAUCACAAUAUUUUAUUUUGUGUUCAACUCAUAAAGGUUUUAAACCACACGAGGGAGAGUAAAUGAAGAGGUCAUUUUUUGGGUGAACUAUCUCUUCACGAUUUAUGAAGAUUAAAAAGGUUAUGCUGAGAAAUAUUUAAAAAAUGCUGAAAUAACUAAAAAAGACAACAUUUUAAAGAAGAUAUGGUGGAUUUAAGCAGAUACACUGAUACGUAAAUAGAUUUAUGAAAAUAUUUACGAAGACAAGGUUUAGUUGGAUUUGAUACACUGGAACAAAGAGAAAUACUUCGAUUUAGGGCAAGACACCACAGAUUUUUUUUCACGUACUUGUCAGUUUUGCUUUAGCUUGUCUACUUCUAGACUAGUGAAAAGAGAAUUGAGGAAUACUCAGUAUUUUGUUAAAGAUAUAUCUUGUUUUUUUCCCCUUGAAUUCAGCAGCACUUACACAAACCAAAUGUAACAUGUUUUAUUGCAGUCUUUAAUCUGAAGGCUUUUGCUGUGGGGUUUGUUCAUGUUUAAUUUUUGCGUAAUUUACAUAACUUUGAAUUUCAAAUUUGCAAAUUUCUUUAAAUUCAGUUACCUCACAAUUUUUUUUAUCUACUUCAACAACAGUUUCAGAAGCUAAACUUAAUACCUGUAUUCAUAUCUAUAUUCUUAAAGUUUUUACUGUGGGGUUUGUUCAAAUUUAAUUUUUUGCCUGAUUUAUAUAACCUUCGCUUUAAUUACCAUGCAUAUCUUUAAAGGAUGUUUUCUCAAAUUUUCUCUUUUUUUCACUUCAACAACAUUUACAUGUAGUAAACUUAAUAGUUUUGUUUAUAUCUGUAUUCUGAAGGUGUUUACUGUGGGGUUUGUUCAGAUUUCAUUGUUUGUCUCAUUUAUAUAUGAAUUUCAAAAACCACAAAUUUCCUUAAAUUCGGUCGUCUCACUUUUUUUUUUUUUUUUACUCCAACAACACUUUCAAAAGCUAAACCUAAUAAUUGUAUUCAUAUCUAUAUUCUGAAAGUUUUUACUGUGGGGUUUGUUCCAUUUUCAUUAGUUGUCUCAUUUAUAUAGCUUUACAUUUGAAUUACCACACAUCUUUAAAGUAAGUUUUCUCAAGUUUAGUUUUUUUUUGUUUGUUUUUGUUUUUUACUUCAGCAACACUUCUCAUACACUAAAUUUAAUAGCUUUAUUAAUAUCUACAUUCUGAAGGUUUUUACUGUGUGGUUUGUUUAAAUUGCAUUGUUUGUCUGAUUUAUAUAACUUUAAAUUUUAAUUACCACACAUUUAUCACAUGUAUCUUUAAAAGCUGUUUUCUCGAAAAUAUAUAUUUAUUUCUUCAGCAGCACUUACAUGCACUAAAAACUUAAUAGUUUUAUUCAUAUCCAUAUUCUGAAGGUUUUUACUGUGGGGUUUGUUGAAAUUAAAUUUUUUGUCAGAUUUAUAUAACAAUGCAUUUCAAUUACCGCACUUAUCUUUGAAGUAAGUUAUUUCAAGGUUGAGUUUAUUUUUAGCAACACACACAUGCACUAAAGUUAAUAUUUGUAUGCAUAUCUAUAAUCUAUAUUCUGAAGGCUUUUACUGGGGUGUGUUGAGUCAUCAUUUUGUCUGAUUUCUGUAGCAUUUAAUCCCUAAAGAGGUAAAACUGUAUUUUUCUGAUUUCGGACAAUAAUUUCUGAUUAAAGGAGUAAUAAAAAAGAUAUUCAAAGUCCUUUUAGCAUUUAAAAAAAAAACUUUUAUGUCUAAAAUGUCAGCAAAAUGAAACAAUAAUGUUUAAAUCUGGCUCUAUCCAGUGUUUGUGGAUCAGAAUCUAUCAGAAUAUCUUUAAAAAAAAAGUUUUCUACUUUAGCAGCACUUACAUGUACUAAGUUAAAUAGUUUUAUUAAUAGCUAUAUUUUGAAGGUUUUACUGUAAGGUUUGUGGAUAUAUCAUUUUGUCUAAAUUCUAUAACAUUUUAUCCCUAAAAACACUUAAAAAUAUAUAUUUUCUGACUGCUUAAAGUAUUUUUAAUUAAAGACUGUAAAUUUAUGUUACAAAGAGAUAUCCAACCCCCCUGCAGUAAAAACUUUUCAGCAAAAUUAGUGUUUUUAUCCAGUUUCCAGUUAAAACAUUUGGAGUAUUUUAGAAAAUAACAUAAUAUUUAUUUAGAUAUCACAUCGAAACAUUCAAAAAAACGUAAAUCUUAAUUUAAACUUUAAUUGUGAUACAUUUCAACAUUUCUAAACUUUGUUCAUCUGUAGUGUCUUGUCUUAAAUCUUUGGAAGGUAUAAAAAGGAUUAAAUGAGAUGCAGGGAGAGCAGCUGCCUCUUGUCUUCAUCAGAUGUCAUGAAAAGGUUACUGUUUUACUCCAGACCUUCAAUCUCAGUGAAUUAAUAAUUAAAUGUGAAUGAGAUCAGAGCAAGUGUCUCUGCCUCAUCGAUUUAAAUGCAAAACGCGCUCAAGUGGUGUGACAUUUUUAAGAAUGAAGGUGGAAACUCUCAAGACGGCAGUCCUGAGUUCAAAUGUUGAUGCUUUAGACUGAAUUCAGCUCUUAUGCUUCCAGUAAUAUAACUUUCAUGAGCUGUAAAUGAUGUGACUUGAUUCUUUCAAUUAGGGCUUUAUAUGGGGCUUACAAUAUGCCAAAACAAUCUAAAUUUGAA